AUGGACUUUUUCCCGGCCCCUAGUGGUCUGGCUGGUCCAGAAGGGGCACUAGGCCUGCUCCUGGAGCGUGCUCUGGGGAUCAGGGAGGAGGUGGUGGCCAGCCUCCAGUCCACCCAGGGCUCCAUCCAGGUGGAGGCCCUGUCCCGCAGGCUGCUGGAGAACCACAUCCACACCAUCACACACAUCGUCCAGCAGCUCAGCACCAACAUGCAGGCCUUGGAGAGCCAGAUCGCCCAGAGAGACUCGCUGGCUGUUCAGAGCCUGGACCAGAAGAGCAGGGAGGGGAUCGGAGACCUGAGAGGCAGAGUGGCUCGCUGUGAUGCCAGCAUAGCACGAGUGAGUGCUGAUGUAAACUCUGGGGGACAGCAGGUGAGGAGGCUCCAACAGGAGGUGAUGGAGCUCAGGGCUAUCCUAGAUGUCCGACUGAAAAUGAUGGAGACCAAGCUCUGUCAGGCAAUAGAUAAAGUGGAACGCUCUGUGACUGAGAAUCUGAAACAGCAGAAGACCUCCAUGUCUGACCUGCGCGGCCAAGUCCAGCUACUGGAGAACAGGCACUCUGCAGAGCUUAAGGAAGCCAAGGGGAACGUGGCCAGGCUGAGGAGGUGGUCAGAGGAGCAGCUUCAGGCGAUGGUCCGGACCCACACACAGGAACACCUGAAGCUACAGGCCCUGCUGGAGGACCAACUGCUAGACGCCGAGUCCAGGUCUAAGGAGCACAUGCGUGUUCUGGAGGCCAGGCUGGAUAGCUUGGAGGUCCAACAGGGACGGAUCCUCCACCAAAGACAGAGAGACCAGCAGAAGAACCCAGAAUCUAAACUGAUCCUCCAGCGGAGGAUGAAAUCGCUUGAGGGCAGCCUACAGGAGGAGCUCCAGCAGCUCAAACUGGAGACCCACAAGGGGUUCAAGUAUGUCCACGACGCCAUUGAGUUUCUGAAGCAGAUUGGGGACUCCAAGUCCCGCCACAGCAGAGACUCAACUAAUCCCGUCAUGAGACGGCCACAGGAAGAGGAAUAGGGGAGCGAACUCAAUUUAAAA